UCGGCGCUCGGCUGCCGCGGCUCGGCGGGGACAGAGGCCGGCGGGGAGGGCCCGGCCGUACCGGGAGCGCGGAGCGGGCAGCGACGGCCCCGCGAGCGGAGGGGAAGACGCCUGUCUGCCUCUCUGCUGUUCCCACCUGCCGCCCCCAUGGCAGCAAUCUACUCCGGGAUUUACCUGAAGCUGAAAAGCAACAAGACUUCUUGGGAGGACAAACUCAAACUAGCCCGGUUCGCGUGGGUUUCUCACCAGUGCGUCCUGCCUAAUAAGGAGCAGGUUUUACUUGAUUGGGUAAGCCAUACGUUGGUUUCCAGCUACAAUAAGAAACUUAAACUGGAGGAUGAAUUUGUUGAAAAACUCUGGGCAUAUCUUGACAAUAUUAUCCAUAGUAAAAGACUACAGGAUCUCGUGAGGAGUGGGAAGACAGUUGGUCUCAGUUUUUCAGUUGCACAGGUCAUAAACAAAAGGUUAUCAGAGGCCUGUUCUGAAAAAACACAGCAGAACAUUGGCACCGUGCUGAGCUGCUCCAGUGGGAUCCUUUCUACUCCUUCACUGUCCAUCAUUUACACAACAAAGUGUGAGCUUUUGGUUGAUCUCCUCAGCAAGCUGUCCAAGCUGGCAUGUCAGCAGCUGGCUUCUGAAGAUGCUGUGAGCUCCCAGUUGUUCAGUGUCCUCCAGCUUACCUUUGCUCAGUACCUCCUAUUCCAGAGGCAGCAAACCAACCCAAUACAUGUGUUUGGGCAGGUGACGAAUCACUUAGUCCAGCCGUGUUUGCUCCUGAGGCACCUGCUGGCUGUGAAGAGCUGGACACAAGCGGACGAUAACCACGUGCGUCAGCACCUGAGCAGAGAAAUACGAAGCCAAAUAGAGACUUUGCUGCAGGGUGGGUUAUUUCAGCCUGAGCUUUUCUCAUCCUACAAAGAAGAGCUGCUGCCAGAACAGCACAAGAGGAAAGGAGCCUUCAAAACUCUCUUACCAGUCAACACUGUGCAGACCAAGCUGGGCACUGACUUGUGUGAACCUGCCCUCCAUGGAGCGGUUGUAGCCAGUUCGGUGUCCCUGCUAUAUAAGCUCUUUCUGGACUCGUUCUGUAAGGCAGAAAACCACCUUGUGUGUUUCCACAUGCUCAGCAGGCUUUUUGGCUGUCUCAGGCUCUCUGGCCUGCAAGAGGAAGAGAGGAGCGAUACGCUCUCCCCGGUGGACUGGAGCACAGAGCUGCUUGCUCUGGAGCAGCUUCUGAGCUUGGUGCUCAGCAAUGAUAUCUAUAACGUCGCUAGUGACCGUAUCCGGCACAAGGAGGUGCAAUUUGGGUUUUACCGGAAGCUAGCACAGACGCUGCUGACACACUCCCAAGCUUCCAUCCCUGCUUGGUUCAGGUGUCUCAAACUCCUGAUGUCAUUAAACCACCUUAUAGUAGAGCCAGACCUCGAUGACUUGGUGUCAUCAGCUUGGAUUGACGCCGAGGCCUCUGAGCCACGUACGAAGAAGCCGCAGGAGACUCUCAUCAACGCCAUAUUCCAGAUUUACUCCAAGCUGAGGCAGUUCCCACGCCUCUUUGAAGAGGUGCUGACAGUCAUUUGCCGGCCAGCUGUUGAUGAACAGAGGCCGCCUGUCUUCUCUGCUGGCCUGACAGUCAAGCUUCGUGAGUGCCUUCUUGAGCUGCCACCCAACCAGAUUCUGGACAUUCUGUGUCUCUUUGUAGAGAAAUGCCAGGCCCUUAUCAUUCCAGCUGUUGAAGGGUCAGUUGACAUGGCCUUGAAGCUGAUGUCAGUGUGCUCGGUGCUGCAUGCAUUUCUGUUCAACAUGAGGAGCAUAGAUGAUGUCACUCCUUCCCCUGUGGUGCUUCGCACUCAGCGUUUGAUGGCAAACAUACAGAAGGGAAUAACUCAGCCACUGAUGGAGCUGCUGCAGGCUCCUAGGAGAGGGCAAGGAAAGUCAGAGCUUUGGCUAAGAAAGGCCAGUGAUGCUGCUCUCCUCCUUGUUUACACUUGGGUUGAGGUAGACACUCUGUUUGGUAUUAGCUGCAGUAAAUACGUGUCUCCAACAGCUGAAAUUGCUGUUACUGAACCUGCUGCAAGGCACUGCAGCAUUUCAGCUUUUCUGCCUGGUGUAAAGGAACAGUGUUGGAGGACAGUUACGGAACUCGCAAGUAGUUUUGCCUCCACUAGUAAAUACUGCUUAGAACUGCUCACGCUUCAGAAAAUGAAGAUGAUGUUAAUGCAGACUGAAGCUGACCUGCAGGCCUUGCAGCAUGCUGCAGCUUUCAUCCUAGAGUCUGGAAGAUCCACCGUGAGCAGAGGAGAAUCUGAACCAUGGGAUGGAGAUAUCAGCGCGAUAACUGAACUUAGCUACCCCACAGCACACUGGCACCUCAUCAUGUCCAACCUGACCAUCCUGUUGCCCUAUAUUUCCUUAAAAGAUGUAGAGUACAUUGCAGAUGUUCUUCUAGAGACGUUGCUGGCCGAAGCUCAGGAAGGUGCCGUGGAUCAGGAGCCUUCCAUCAGCAUUGGAAGGAUAUCCCUUGGUUUCAUCCACAGCUCUCUUCUACCAGAACUGAAGGUCCUGCACUGUGCUUUUCUGACCCAUCUUAUUCACCAGUUUGCUAUGGUGCUGCCCACUGCUACCAGGGAUUCAGUAGAUCUGCCACUUCAGCAGCUGUCUGUGACUAAUAUUCCUUGGCAUGAAGAAAUUCUGGCUCCUUGCAAAAUUGUUAACCCAUUGGAACUACCAUCAGAAAACAAACUGCUGAAGAAUGAGCAGAGCGUGUCUUGGAAAACACUGGAGAAAGUUGCCCAGUGUAUAGUAUCGUUAGCAAAAAAUGGCUGCCCUGUCAUCCUGAAAGAACGUCAGCUACAAAGAUGCCUGGGUUUGCUAGAAAUUGUUUCUCUCCUGAAAUUAGACAGUUUUCUUCCCUCUGACUGUGCUCGGUGUUUUCUGGUGCUGCUGUCCCUGCUAGUUAAUACCAGGGCUAGUGUCUCUUGCAGCAAGUUGUUAUUGCUGAAGGUUUUAAGUACUUGCCUCCACCUUCUGAGGUGCCUGCAAGCUGGCAGGAAUGCCAACUCUGUUUUUAAGGUGUUACAUGCCAGUGAUGUUCUUGAAGCUGUCAUGACCUCCCAGUUUACAGCUAGCAAAUUCUUCACUGAUGUCUUGACUGUUCCCAUUUGGACACAGUAUGUCCAGGAAGUCCAAGAGUUUUUGGAAAACUUUCUUCAGAUGAUUAUUGAAAGAAGACAGAGUGUGAAGCUCAACUUGGAGAAGUUCAUGUCUUUCCUGGUGAGCUGCAGGCCAGACACAGGUGCAGCCAGAAGUAAAGACUGGAAAACCUGGAAUCCUGCAGCUGAGCAGUUACUGCUCACAGCAUUCACCACACUCUGUCAUGUUGUCACACUGCACCUCCAGCAGCUGCCAGAAAAGAAGCUGCAUUCUGCAGAUGUGCUCUCUGCUCUGUUGGAACCAGUAGUUCUGCAGAUGGUCAGAACUGUUGAACACGGUCUUCAGAGUAACACCCCAAACCAGAUUUUGCCUGUAGCAUUCAUACCAUCUGUCACUACUCUCCUCAAAGCAGAUCUGAACCAUCCUGUCAAGAAGGACUGGCAGAAGGAGCCCAGUGGGUUUUUGGAGCAGCCCCGUAUUAAAUUGUACCAGGAGUUUUACUCUCAGAUAUUGAGAGAGCUGCCCUGUGCAGGGAGUAAUCUGCAGUUCCUCCAGCCUGCACUGCAGUUCCUGACCGUCUUCUGCUCCGUGCCAGAGCUGUAUCCUGAAAAAGAAACUGCGGUCAUGGUUGUUUUUGCUAUAAAAAAGCUUCUCUCUGGUCCUGCAAUUACAACCCAGGUGAUCCAAAGUAUGGAGAUGGAGCUGACAGAGGUGCUUGUCCACGUGCUGGGAAACUGCUCUGCUGAGGAGUUUUAUGCCAUAAUGAAGCUGGUGCUGCAGGGGCUGGAAGUGAGGAAUGUUUGGCAGCAGAAGGCUAAAGAAGUGUUGUCAGCUGUUACACUAACCAAAUUAUUACUCAGCUGCCCAUUAAGUGGAGACAAAGAGAAAGCUUUCUGGUUUGCCAGCCCACAGAUAAUCACAGCUUUAGCUCUGCAAACCAAAGAGGCCUGUCAGGACCAGUCACUGAUUUCCAUCAUAGUUAUACCUAUUCUAGAGACUAUAGCCGCUCUGCUAAGGCAGGGAGAAAGGGUUCUCGUGAAUCCCCAUCACGUUUCAUUGGCAUUCAGCAUUCUACUAACAGUCCCUCUGGAUCAUCUGAAAACAGAAGACUAUCGUGGUGUCUUCAUGGGGGUCCAUGAAGUGCUCUUCUCCAUUGUGCAGUGUCAUCCAAAGGUGCUGUUUAAGGCAGCACCAUCUUUUCUGAGCAGUUUCCAUCGUCUGGUUAUUUCUGUCAUGCAUGAAGGACGUCAGAGAGGAGACAGAGGCAACACGGAUGAGUUUGAAAUGAUUCUGAAGUGUGCACACUUGGUGGAGCGGAUGUAUACUCAUGUUGCUGCAGAAAUGGAGGCCUUCACCGUGUUUUCUGCUUUCAUUGUGGCUCAGUAUGUGACUGAAUUGCAGAAGGUGACUUUGCACCCAGCUGUGAAGACACAUCUCACAGAGGGAAUAUAUCACAUCCUUGACCUUUGCAUAGAACGGGACAUCAAGUUCUUAAAUGCAUCGCUCCCAGCCGGUGUGAGGGAGGUCUUUAAGGAUCUGUAUAAUGAUUACAACCACUACCACAAAGCAAAAAAGCAGGGGGAGGAAAAGUACACUGCGUGAUGAAUCCUGCCUGGUGCUGCAUGAUCAGCUAUGAAUGGAUCUUGCCGUGCUCAGAAGAUGCAGUUGCUGUUUGGUUUGGGAUGACGAGUCAAAUCGAACCUGGGGAGAGUCCUAAACAUGGAUUGCAUUUAUCCCUAUACAGCCAGCCUUCAUAAAGGGGAAAAAGAGAACUGGGGAGGGAGGAUGUGCAGUGCUGUUGGUUCUGGUCCUGCAUUGUGCCACAAAUGGCAGAACUGCUGUGCCUCUGCUGGCCGCCCUGGUGAACUCGCUGGGAUCCUUGGGGAGCUCACUGCAAUUUGGCAGCAGAUGUCAGGCAUCUGUGCUUUGGCACAUCAUGGUGCUUUCCUGUGGAAGCAAUAGUCUGGUCUAAAAGCCAGUGAGGGAUAUAACACCUGCUUUUGCUUACAUGGUAAGCAGAAUUAAAGCAAUUAAAGUGCUCAUUUUUGUACCCUGUUAUUUUACAUUUUUUUAACUGAAGAAAUUUGUCAAUGUUACACAGCCGUACAGUAGAUUACUGUGGAAACCUGCCGAAGUAACAAUAAAAAAUUUGAAAGAUUGUA